CUUAAUCUAACUUAACUUAACCUAACCUAACAUGUGUCAAAAAAUCUCGUGAUAUCGAUACGAAGACAAAAGAUUGCUAUCGAUCUCCCAACACAAAGUUACUUUCGUAUCGAAUUAGGUUAAUCAUUAUUAUUUAUUAUCACGUUAUUCAAUCUUGUGUGCAUGAUGCAUUUUACAAUUUUGCGUUGAAGGAAAGUUUCGCAUUGAAACGUCCCUACGAUCAGUAAUUCUGUUGUGAACAGUUGUAAAUGACGAGUUGACUCGCCAGAGUGCUGUUAUAAGAAAAUAUGGCCGCGACGGCAAAGACUGUACUGCCUGAAGAAAGCGAGCUAACCGUUCGGGAGUUGGACGUUACCUGGCCGGUACUUCAAACCGCAUCAGUUUAUAUCGGCAAGGCUUGCGAGUGGUAUAAUAAUGAAUUUAUGUUAUGUAGACAAGAAGAAUGUGAUCCACGUCGUUGUCUCAAUGAGGGAAAAGCCGUGACCUCUUGCGCACUUGAUGUUCUCAAAAAAAUGAAGAAGCAUUGCUUGGAAGAUUUUAACGCGUAUAUGUAUUGCCUCGAGAGAUCAUCGGGAACAUUGGAUUUUGCUCCGUGUCGGCAGACACAAGCUGCACUGGAUCAGUGCGUUCUUAAAAAUAUGAAUAUAGAACGUCCACCUUACGGAUACUUUUGUGAGGCUAAAGUGCACAAUACAUCCAGGCCGCGGCCACCGCCGGGCAAUGAGCCCAUAACAUUUCCAGAUCCAACUCCUGGUCUAUCAGCUGACGUACCACGUGAGAAAUCGAAAUAUAGCAAUCGCUUUUGGUAUAAAUCUUAAAUCUCUUAACAAAUACCACUAGUACUUUGGCCGCGUUGCAAAAGUUAUGCUUGUGAGAUUUGGGACACAUCAGGUAAUUAGUCAAUUGCAGGGAAUCGAGCGUAUGCAAUUUGUAAUGCGCUUCCGAACACUGUAGAAAUGUUUGUUCCAUAUGAAAUAUGUAUAGAAUCGCCAUUGUAUAUGUCUUGUGAAUAUAAAUUUAUGAAUAGUAAAA